AUGGGUGAUUGUUGUCUUAAAGGCUUUCGUUGGACGGCCCAGCCUCGGGGGAGGGAAACGGCUCUUGCCAACAUACCAUGCUAUGUGACUGGCUCCAAUGCAGAGGUUGCUAUUUUGGUCAUUCACGACUUAUUCGGGUGGACGUUUCCGAACAUCAGGCUGCUCGCGGAUCAUUAUGCAGAGGAGGUUGAUGCUACAGUUUACGUUCCUGACUUUUUUGGUGGAGAAGUUCUUCCAUUGGACAUACUGCAAGAUAAAAGCCGAUGGGGCAGUCUCAAUCUUCCCGCAUUUCUCGAACGCAACGCCAAAGCGGUACGGGAGCCACAAAUUAUCGAAUGCGCAGUCACAUUACGGGCACAGUACCGACGCACUGGGGCUAUUGGGUAUUGCUUUGGGGGUUGGGGGGUUUUUCGGUUAGGUGCUAAAGGCAGAAACCUAGUGGAUUGCAUUUCCACAGCCCACCCAAGCUUCCUUGAGAAAUCCGAAAUUGAAUCUGUCAAUGUACCAGUACAGAUCAUGGCGCCUGAAUUCGACCCUAUGUUCACAGACGAAUUGAAGCUCUUCUGCAAUAGCGUGCUUCCAACCCUCGGCGUCGCGUAUGAGUAUCAUUACUUUCCACAAUUGGAGCAUGCAUUUGCCGUCCGAGGAAAUCCUAACGACCCGGCCGAAAUGAAGGGAAUGAGGAAGGCAAAGGACGCGGCCGUCGUUUGGUUUCGUCAGUGGUUGCAUGACACUAAUAUCUAG